AUGAAAGUCCUCGUCAUCGGCGCAACCGGCAACCUAGGCCUCCGCCUCGUCGCCGCGCUCCUCACCCACGGCCACAGCGUGGUCGCCUACGUCCGAUCACAGACCAAACUCCAAUCUCUCCUCCCAGAGUCGAUCUACUCCCGCAUCACCGUGAUCCAAGGCAAUGCCACAGACACAGCAUCCAUCAAACGCGCCAUCCUAGACAACCAAUGCGACGCCGUCGUCAACACAGCCGGUCUCGCCGCCUUGGCUCCAUGGGCCAAAAGCGAACUGCCCGCGAUAUUCCGCUCCGUCGUCGAAGCAGUACGACAAGCAGGACAAGAACGACAACGACCCUUGAGAGCCUGGUUCAUGGCCGGUUUGGGAGUGUUGUAUUAUCCUGGUUCAGAGACGAUGUUGUCAAAUUAUGUCCCCAUCUAUCUCGAGCACCGUCAAAACUUCCGCUUGCUCAAAUUUCUCCCGCCCAACUCAAUCGACUGGUCGAUGCUCUGUCCCAGCACCAUGGUCCCCGAGUCUUCAGACAUCAAUGUCCCCACUCGACUUUCGCGCGGGAAAGCGGUCGCCAAUGCCAUGACUCCGCCGAACUGGAAACGUUCUUGGCUGGGGUAUAUCCCGUUAAUCGGCAAGCCGAUUGUGUGCGCGAUGAAUGCCCCUCGCUAUGAGACCACGCUGGAACAGAAUGCCGAUUUGAUCGCUGCUGAUCUCGAGACUUACGAGAGCCCGUAUAGUGGGAAGACGGUGGGGAUUAUUGAUGGAUCAAAGUGA